UUUUAUUUUGAAAGGUCUCGUACUGGAAGUAGUCGCGCAGUUUGGCUUUUUACUUCCUCGAUGUCCAGCAGUGUUGACAGCGCUGCACAAUGAAAUUACUCACUUUAUUAAGUUUAUUCGUAACGUAUUUAGUUACGGAUUGCAUUAAUAUCGAGAAUACAGCAGGCCAGUUCUUUAGCAGCGGUCAUACAAACAACUGGGCUGUUCUGGUGUGUACCUCCAGGUUCUGGUUCAACUACCGACAUGUGGCCAAUUCUCUGUCGGUGUACAGGAGCGUAAAGAGGCUGGGCAUCCCUGACAGUCAUAUAGUUCUGAUGCUGGCCGACGACAUGGCUUGUAACCACAGAAAUCCUAAACCGGCCACAGUGUUCAGCCACAAGAACAUGGAGCUGAACGUCUACGGAGACGACGUUGAGGUGGAUUACCGUGGAUACGAGGUGACAGUGGAGAACUUCCUGCGAGUCUUGACUGGACGGCUUCCCCCCAGCACUCCUCGCUCCAAACGCCUCCUGUCGGACGACCGAAGCAACAUCCUCAUAUACCUCACUGGUCACGGUGGAAACGGCUUCCUUAAGUUUCAGGAUUCGGAGGAGAUCAGCAACGUGGAAUUGGCUGAUGCUUUUGAGCAAAUGUGGCAGAAAAGAAGGUACAACGAGCUGCUCUUCAUCAUCGACACCUGUCAGGGCGCCUCCAUGUACGAGAGGUUUUACUCUCCAAACAUCAUGGCUCUGGCCAGCAGUCAGGUCGGGGAAGACUCCCUAUCGCACCAACCAGAUCUGGGAAUAGGAGUCCAUUUAAUGGAUCGCUACACCUUCUACCUGCUGGAGUUCCUGGAGGACAUCCACCCGGCGAGCAAAGCCAACAUGAACGACCUGUUCAAAGUUUGUCCCAAGAGUCAGUGCGUGUCCACUCCGGGUCAUCGGACCGACCUUUUCCAGAGGGAUCCGGGAAGCGUCCUCAUCACAGAUUUCUUCGGCAGCGUCCGCAAAGUUGAGAUCACCACUGAAGUUGUAAACUUAACGGACCCCAUCGAGCAAGUGGACGAGAGCCCUGCGAAUGGAGAGGCGCGUGAAGCGAUGUACUCGUACGUGGACCAGCUGCCGGUGUCUGAGAUCAUCCAUCAGAAACCAAAGCAGAAGGACUGGCAUCCUCCUGACGGCUUCAUCCUGGGCCUGUGGACUUUAAUCCUGCUGGUGUUUUUCAAGACCUACGGUGUUAAACAUCUAAAGCACAUCUUCUAAGGAUCCGGCGCAGACGCAGCUGGACAUCCCAGGACCCGGGGAGUCUUUCCUGAAGCUGCAGAUUGUGACGGGUUUUUAUAUGUGGGAAGAUGAGCAACAGAAACUACUGAUUUGUAUAAAGCUCCAUAAACUAUUGGUGCCUUUUUUUAUGUUUUAAAGCUGCAGUAUGUAACUUUUAUAAAAAUAUGUUGUUUUUUUUAACCAUCUUUAAUAAAACGAUCACCAUGUCCUGACAGUGUAAGACAGAUAAUCUGUGAAACAAAUGUAGCUCUUCCACUUCCUACAUGAGCCAUUACUGUGGUCUGACAACAGCCAAUCAGAGGCAGGAGGCGGCUCUUAGUGCUGUCAAUCAUCCUCGUGUACGCUGCUCAAUGUGCUAAGGAUGGAAAUGAUGUUUUAUUUGUUUUUCUGUUAUGCGUGUUGUUUUCUAUUCUUAUUGAUAUUUCUUUACUUUGGUGAUUAGGUUGUAAAAUGUGAAUCUUAUAUAAAAAAUUUUUACCAUCGUUUUGGUAUUAUACAAAAAAAAAGAUGGCAGCAUUUGUGGCAGGUUAUGUGUGUUUUACUAAGGUUCAGCUUGGCAAAAAACAAGUGGGAGUCUCUCAAUGAAUAUGAGGGUGAUUGACAGCGCUAAGACCCGCCCCCUGGCUCUGAUUGGUUGUUUUUGACUAAGCGUUGUAUUUCUGCAGUUUUUUGGGGGUUUUUGCAGAUUAUCUGUUUGAUUAUGACGUUUCCAGUGGAGAGAAUAAAAAACAGCAUCUGUUCCUGGUUUUCUACUCUUAAAGAAAACAUGUAUUUAUAUCUUAUUAAUUGUCAAUGACAUUGUAAGCUUUGUAAAUAGAGCUGACUAAGCGCUUUUGGAAAUUUUUGAAAAUCGGGAUCUUGCUGCUGUCUUGUAAAAGUAACUGAGGAUCUUAUGUGACAGAGCAACAAAAAGUAACUCAUAACAGAGGAGUGGAUGGAGUAAAAGAGAAUGUUAAGUACAAGAAUAAAAUUAUAAUAUUAGCAGAGUAAAGUCCAUUAAUGAGAAUAACGUUUUACUGUACGACUUUAUUCUUGUCAUUACAUUAUUUUCUUAAUCAAAGGUUGUGUGUUAAUAUUUUUCCCCAGGUUUUCUAAAAUUUCUACCUAUUUUCUACAGAAAUGAGGUCAGUCAGAUCCGACCCAGAGGGAUUCUGAACAUUAGCUUUUCAGUUUCCUUUUACAUUGACGUUAGGAUUAAGGCCUGGACUUUGACUGAGCCAUUCCAGAGUAAGUUGUUGCUGUAUAUUUAUUAUGUUGUAUAUUCAGUUGAGUUGGACGUCCGCCACAGCCUCCGGUCUGCUGUUCGUUCAUCUUUCCAUAUUUAAAUGAUGGAUUGAAUGUUUGAUUUUAUUUUCUAACUUUACUUGGAACGACUCCAUAAGAUCUUCUCUGACCCGUCUGCUGCGUUCCUUCAUGAUGCCGUUUGCUCGCUAACGUUCUCCAUCUAGAUUACUUGAUCGAAUAGUUUUUGAACAUAAAUGGUUGGAUUUUAUUUAUUCUGAGGUUUUAGAGUAAAAGGGGCUGGACACAAACUCACUUUUUACAUUUUUAAUAGUAAGAAUUUUAUAAAAACAUAUUUCCACUUGUUCUUUACUACUUUUUGUUGCUCUGUCACAUAAAAUUCCUAUAAAAUAUGUAAAAGUUUUGUUACACAAGGUGAUAAAGUUUAAGGUAUAUGAACAAUUUUUCCAAAAAUGUACGUAUCAAGAAGUUUGGUUUUGUUUUAUUUUGGCAAAUGGUUAAAUGUUCAGCCGUUUUUCAUCUAUUUCACUUGUUCUGUUUCUCCAUAUAUUUUUGUGUCGCAUGCAGAGUUUUGCUCCUCGGUUGCACCUUCAUGCUUUAUGAUGCACUGAACUGAGUCUGCAGAUAAUUUAAUUUAUUUGGAGAGCACGUUGCCCCGCAUAUUUCAGCUGCAGCAGCCUAUUUGUUUAAGUGCUACUCUGACUGUCUGCUGGGUCACAGAAGGAAAAACACGCUGAUUGGUCGUGAGUUGGAUGUGGAGAGAUUACUGCAGGGGUGUCCAAAGUGCGGCCCUGGGGCUGGUUUGCGGCUGGCAGAAUGAUUCUGUGUGGCCCUUGUCCACAAUUCAAGAAUAUCAGCUUUAUUUCAGCGUAUUGGUAACUUUGAUAUGCUUAGAGGAAACUAAAGUAAAAUGCUGCAGACAAAUUAGAAGAGUUGUAAAAUCUGAAUAGUUUGUGUUGCUCAAAUUUUCUAUUUAUCAACCAAAUGAUUUUGCUUUCAUUUUAAUUUGACAGCAUGUAACUCCACAGCCAACCAGCAACUUUUACUCAAACGUAGAAUUGGAGCACAUCCCUUCUUUAGAGAUUUAAAGCUGCAGUGUGAAGCUUCUUUAAAUAUAUAUAUAUAUUAUUUUUACAUUUGUUGAAACUGUAACUGUCGUGACAGUUUAGAAACAGAUAAUCUGUGAAAAAACCGAGCUUCUCCAUCUUCUCCCACUGCUAACUAGAAACAACCAAUCAGAGCCAGGAGGCGGGCCUUAGUGCUGUCAAUCAACCUCUUCAUCACCCACUUGUGCUGUGCUACACUGCAGCUAGCAUAGCAUGUUGUGAAUGCUCAGGCUAGUUAGCAUGUGACCAAUAACAGCAGAUAAACGGUUUUCUUGUAACAAAAAGUUGUUUCUCCACCAUUAGCACAUAUAGCAGGAUUACAUGAGGUUGAUUGACAGCGAUAAGACCCGCCUCCUGGCUCUGAUUGGUUGUUUUUGGUUCAUUUCUUUACAUGGCAAUAGCAACUCAUGCUGAAGAUGGAGAGAUCAAUCUUUUCACGGAUUAUCUGUCUCAUAACAAAAACAAAUAUAUAAAGAACAUAUUUUUAUCUAAGUUACAUUCUGCAGAUUUAAGAAGGUUUAUAAAAGAAAAAGAGGGACUUGUGUCUUGUUCUUGUAGCUUAGAGUGGAUCUAAAAUAAACCGAUUCUGUCUGUAUAGACAUCAAAUUGUUUUGCAUUUUCCGUAACAGACACAUUUUUGUGUCCAACCGCUACUUUUGACUUCAAACACUCCUGGAUUUUAAUGUCAUCUGGUUCAUUUACACUCAUUUUACCUGCCAAUCACACUUAUGGAGGAUAACGAUCCAACGCCUCACCACCCUGCAGAAACACUAAAUAUUCAACUUUCUAGUGCAAACAUCUUAGUACAUUUGAAAAAAGACAAAACUUACAAGUAACUUCAGCAAGACAUGGGAGCUUGCUUUAAAUUAAUAAAUACUUGACAUUAUAUAUUGAUUUUGAAAUAAAUACUAGCUCCAUUGGCAGAUUAUUUCAAGGGAAAAAUGUCUUGUGAAAUAAUCUGCCAGUGGAUCUAGUACAUUUUCCUCAUUAUUAAAAAUUUUUUGACUCAAAACAAGCUGCUGUACCUUGCUGAAAGCUUUCUUGUAACUUAGUUUUGUCUUAUUUGAAGACAAAACUAAUUUCUAGUGCAAAUCAUAGUGAAUAUGAUUUGCACUAGAAUCUAGACUAAAACUGCUUGCUAAGAUCUAGUGUUUUUGCUGUGGUCUGACCCGUCCUGGUUUCCAUUCACUAAACUGGAGUCCGUGUUGGAGCAUUCAUUAGCUCCUCUGCUGCUGAUUGUGUUUUUGGUGAUGCUUUUCUCCAGCCAGUCUGCAUCUCUGUGCUCCAGUGAAUCCCCCAGAGACCAACCGGCUCUCUCCAAUGAAUCUUCACUCCGUGACGUUUAUUCUUUGACCUUUUUCCCCCGGUGUAACCACUCUGCAUUAGGCUCGUUGUUUGGCAGGAGGACUGAAGGCGGAUAGAUUGAACCGGAGGUAGUUUAUCUUCGCUCUUUGGCUCGCGCUCCACUCAUCGGCUGGGCGCUGCCACUCUUCCUCAGGGCUGAAAUGGAAAAUGGAUGAAGCUGGAAAUGAAACUGUAUGUACGGAAAGGCAGCUGCUGCGUCAGCCUCACUGUGAACCUUUUUUUCUUAUGCAUUAUUGAUACAACACUUA